AUGGCCUCUCACUUUUCAUGCAUCAGCACGUGCAAUGGCGGCUCGUGGGAGUGCGCACCCAUCAUCCAAUCCAAGUGGUGUCCUGCAGGCCUCGAAUAUCAAGAAAUAUUUUAUGAAUGCGGAUCAACUUGCGAGACUUACGGAGAUUGCACCGACCCGCCAUCAACAUGUGGGGGUUGUGCCUGUCCCAGUGGAAAAGUUCUUGACAAUAAAGGCAAUUGUGUUGCACCGACUAAAUGUCCAUGCUCCUUCCAAGAGCGCUUUUAUGAGCCAGGAGAAACUGUAAUCAAUAAUGGAAAUAAUUGGUUAAUAUAUUUUCGUAAAAUUAAGAGUUUUCAUGUUCGACAUUUUGAAUCCAAUUUUUUUAGCACUUGCAAUGGUAGGAAAUGGAAAUGUGAAGAAAGUGAUACAUACAAAGCUCAAUGCAAAUUGUUCGGAGACGUGUACUACAUCGCUUUCGACGGCAUGCACAGAGUACACGCUGGCCAAUCCAGUUGCGCCUACAUUCUUAGUAAGAGUCUUGAGAGCCCAAGUUCUUUUGACUGCGAUGCAUUGUACAUCGCUGCUUCCAAUCUCCCCUGUGGUCAGUCUGGAGUCAUUUGCUCGAAGGUGGUUUCGAUUAAAGUUGGUCCAUCCGAAGUUACUAUCGCCAAAGGAACGAACCCAAUUGUGAACGGCAUCGUGGCUGACCUGACAUCUGGCAUGUACGCAACUGAUAAAAUAACCAUCGUCAACACUAUCGUACUAACCGUCGUCACCUUUGAUAAUGGAGUCUCCAUAGUCCAUGAUGGAGGAACGAAGGUGAUCAUCUACUUGCCAUCUUGCUACAGAAGGAAAGUGGAUGGUCUCUGUGGCCCAUUUGGAAGUUCGGAUACCAGCGGGAACGCUCCGGACGCAAACUCACCCUCUCAAUGGAGAGUUGAUCCAACAUGUCCAGAGCCCUUCCUCGAUGCUUCUUUUGAUCCAUGCAAGGCCCACCCGGAGCGAGUGGCAUGGGCGACCUCCUCCUGCUCCAUCAUCACGAAAGGAGCCGUGUUUGCCGACUGCAGAAGGGUCGUCAACUAUGAAACAUUCUUCCAGGAAUGUAUGGCUGCCUCUUGCGACUGUGACACGGGCGGGGAUUGCCAGUGCAUGUGCACGGCGAUUGAAAGUUUCGUGUCUGCCUGCGUUGAGCAAGGAAUCUGCGUCAACUGGAGGUCCAACCAUUUCUGCCCGGUCAUGUGUCCAGAGGGGCAGGUGUACAGGAGCUGCCACCCGACCCACAACAACACCUGCCGUGCACCAUUCUUCAAAAAUGACGACCAGCUUCAAAUCGAGGGAUGUUUCUGCCCUGGCAACAGUGUGCUAGAUGAAAAGGGGCAGUGCAUACCGAAAGAAGCGUGCGGAUGUGUGGUUGGUUCUGAAGUUGUUGAGGCUGGCUCAGAAACUGUCAUCAACUGCCAAAACUGCUUGUGCCACGAAGGAGUUUUGAAGUGCUUUGGCGAGCCAUGUGAGAUACACUGCACUGAGGAUGAAUUCCAAUGCGUUACAGAUCGAAGGUGCAUUGAUAUGGACAGGAAAUGUGAUGAAAUUCCGGACUGCUCCGAUGGAUCCGACGAAAGUGGAUGCAAUGUUUGCAAUCCCGGCUCCUUCAAAUGUGUGGUCAGUGGCGAGUGCAUCAGUGAGAGUGGCAAGUGUGACAGCCACAUCGACUGCAAAGAUGGGAGCGAUGAAAAUGAAGAAAUGUGCAAGUGUCACGAUGGAUACUUCAGGUGCGUGAAGAACAAACACUGCAUUCCACCACGCCUCCUAUGCGAUGGCAAUUUUGAUUGUGGACCCGACGACAACUCGGACGAGUUGGGUUGCACGACCACCUCUCCACAGCCAUCCCCACCCCCCACUCACUUCAUCACUUCACCACCUCUCCUAGUGACAACAUCCUCGUUCCUCUGUGAGCUACAAAACUUGAUGAUCGAGGGAGGGGUGGAAAUCGAGCCGGAAGCAUCGAACGGGGUAUUCCAGUUUGAUGUCUCAGACAACAGCCAACAACUGGGCCCGAUAAAAGUGACGUCAUCCGACGACACCACCCACUUCAUGAACUUCCAGAUGAACAUCAUUGGCUCAACCGCAGUCAACAUGAUUGUCAAAGAUAGCACAGGUGGUGUUGUCUUUCAGAAGGUGGCAGUCUCUUCAAAUACAGUUGACGGCGACAACUUCCUGACUGAGGAAAUCAAUAGAAUUGGGAAAUCGAUUGAAUUUGAAAUCCCCCCCUCUGAUACUAACAUGUCAGGAGUAACCGUAAAAAAUCUGGUCGUUUGGAUAUGCAAGGAAUUAGGAACAUUCGUUGUAACUCUUACAGCAGGUGAGUUUUAUGAAUGCGUUUCAUCUGAGGCUACGGACGAUCCCCACACCAAAGUUAACAUCUUUCCUGAAUCCGUCGAAUCGAAUUCCAAAAAAUCUUUCCAGUUUGAAGCAAGCGACGAUGCACCAAGAUAUAUUGUAGUCACGUUUGCUACUGAAGUUGAUGAGAUCCAAUCCAUUUCCUUGAAAGGUGUCAAUGUUGAGAAGGUUGAUAUUUUUAUACAAGAUUCCAGCGAAGGAACCCUUGAAAGUGUCAGCGGUGAUCUGCAAAAUGACUUUUUUAACAAAACGCUUGACGGGAAAUAUAAAGCAAAAUCGGUGAAAAUCAUUCCGCAUAAGAAAGAUGGUCUUGUAUAUUCAAUAAUUAAUCUUUCAAUAAAAAUCUGCAGAGAGCAAGGCACCACACAAGGUUUUUCUACAACAACUGCCAUUGUUCCAGCAAAAUCAAAAUUCUCAUGCCGCAGCCUGCAACUGAAACUACGAAAUUUGUAUCGGCGUGACGGUCUGGUGGUUAAGGUCGCCUGGUGCUGUUUUUCAGUGAGUGCAGUAACCGGGUUUGAAUAUGAUAAGAAGACCCUCGCCAUUACAGUUCAAACUCAGUGUGAAAGCUUGGAAUGGACAAAGGAGCCAGAUGUGGAGAUUUAUGUUGAUCCGGAAACAACACUGAAAUCGGAAGAUGGCGUCUUCAACUUUGUUAACACUCCAGCAGAUGGCGGCGUAAUAAACAUCACUUCGCCCAAGUUGUCCACAGAGAUCAUAAAAGUUUCCUUCUUAACAGAAAAUGUCACCUCUGUGCGAAUCAUUAUAAGGAAUGUUGCGAAUGAAGUAGUGACAAAUAUAACCAAAGAUGUUCAACAAAAUGUCAGCAUUUUUUUUACAUUUAUUUUUUGA